GCGAGCGAGUGAGCUAGGGAGCGGGCGGCGCUGCUGGAGCCAGCAGCCCUGGCGCAGGCUGCCGCCCGGAGCCCCGCAAUGUGCCGCCGCGGCCCUGUGGCUCUCCGCCAUGGCGAGGCUCAGCCGGCGCGUCCCUUGCACCCUGCUACUUGGCCUGGCCGCGGUGCUGCUGAAGGCGCGGCUGGUGCCCGCGGCCGCCAGAGCCGAGCUCAGCCGCUCGGAUCUCAGCCUCAUCCAGCAGCAGCAGCAACAGCAGCAGCAGCAACGGCAGCGGGAGGAGGCUGAGGAGGAGAGGCCGGAGGUGCCGGGGGCAUUCUCCACGGUCUCUGCGCCAGUGUCUGUCUUUACACUGAAAGUUCAGGUCAAUGACAUCAUCAGCCGUCAGUACCUGAGUAAAGCAGUUGUAGAAGUGUUUGUAAACUACACGAAGACAAAUUCCAUGGUAACUAAAAACAAUGGCGCAGUGUUGAUAAGAGUACCCUAUAUAUUAGGACUCAGCUUAACCAUUAUUGCUUACAAGGAUGGCUAUGUGUUGACCCCACUGCCUUGGAAGACUGGAAGAAUGCCAAUAUACUCAUCAGUUACACUUUCACUGUUCCCGCAAAACCAAGCUAAUAUAUGGCUCUUUGAAGACACUGUUUUAAUUACUGGAAAAUUAGCUGAUGCCAAAUCUCAACCAAGUGUUCAAUUUUCAAAAGCCUUAAUCAAACUACCUGACAACCAUCAUAUUAGCAAUGUAACAGGUUACCUUACCGUCCUACAGCAGUUUUUGAAAGUGGACAAUUUUCUGUAUACAACUGGAAUUACUCUCAAUAAAUCAGGUUUUGAAAGCAUUGAAUUGGUCCCUCUGGCAGCAAUAUGUGUGAAAAUUUAUUCUGGAGGAAAAGAAUUAAAGGUAGAUGGCUCUAUUCAAGUUUCUCUCCCCCUUCUACAUACAAAUGACAUAAGUGCAGGGGAUCACAUUCCUGCCUGGACAUUUGAUAUGGACAUGGGUGCUUGGGUAAAUCAUGGCUGGGGAAUCGUCAAGGACUAUAACGGUCAUUUAAUGUGGACAUAUGAUGCUCCACAUUUGGGCUACUGGAUAGCAGCUCCAAUUCCAGGAACCAGAGGUUCAGGUGUAAUUGGAGAUUCAAAGGACAUAACUGCCUACCACACAGUGUUUCUUACAGCCAUUCUAGGAGGAACAACAGUCAUUGUCAUUGGAUUUUUUACUGUACUGCUUUGUUACUGCAGGGAUAAGUGUGGUACGCCACAGAAAAGAGAAAGGAAUAUCACCAAACUUGAGGUCCUCAAAAGAGAUCAGACAACUUCAACAACACACAUCAAUCACAUCAGUUCAGUCAAAGUUGCAUUAAAAGCUGAGGAAAAGUCACAGUUGUUCAAUGCCAAAAGCUCCUCAUACAGCCCUCAAAAAAAGGAACCAUCAAAGGCAGAAGCAGAAGAAAGAGUUUCCACGGUGAAAACUCGGGACAAUUUCAAAAUCUAUAAUGAAGAUGUUUCAUUUCUGUCAGUCAAUCAAAAUAAUUACUCAAGAAACCCAACCAAGUCUUUGGAGAUGAAUGUAGGGUCCAAACAUAUUAGCAAUAAUCUUUCUUCAUCUCUAGGUGAUACUCAAGAGGAAAAGAGAUAUCUCACAGCUAAUGAAGAGAUCUACGGGCGUUCCCACAUUCCUGAACAGCUUAUGCAUAUCUAUAGCCAGCCCAUUGCCAUCCUUCAAACGUCUGACCUGUUUUCUACUUCAGAGCAGAUACAUGCUGCUAAGUCAGCUACUUUGCCAAGAAAGGGACAGUUAGUCUAUGGCCAAUUGAUGGAACCAGUAAACAGAGAGAACUUCACACAGACAUUGCCCAAAAUGCCAAUGCAUUCUCAUACACAGGCCCCUGAUGCCAGGGAAGAGAAUAUCCCACUUGAAGGCCAACAAAGCUUGCCAUCCCAGACUACUGCAGAUUGGAGCCGGUAUUCAAACAGUUUACUAGAAUCUGUGUCUGUUCCUGGAACACUAAAUGAAGCUGUUGUCAUGACCCCCUUUUCAUCAGAGCUUCAAGGAAUUUCUGAGCAGACCCUUCUAGAACUGUCCAAAGGAAAGCCCUCCCCCCAUCCCAGAGCCUGGUUUGUCUCUCUUGAUGGGAAACCAGUUGCACAAGUGAGGCAUUCCUUCAUAGACCUGAAAAGGGGCAAGAGAACGCAGAGUAAUGACACUAGUCUAGAUUCUGGGGUGGACAUGAAUGAGCAUCACUCUAGCAGGAAGCUCGAGAGGGAGAAAACUUUCAUCAAAAGUAUGCAUCAGCCGAAGAUUCUUUACUUAGAAGACUUAGACCUUAGCAGCAGUGAGAGUGGAACCACCGUGUGCUCUCCAGAGGACCCGGCUUUAAGGCACAUCUUGGAUGGGGGGAGUGGAGCGAUUUUGGAACACCCUGGGGAAGAGUCCCCAGGAAGAAAAAGCACUAUUGAAGAUUUUGAAGCCAAUGCGUCCCCCACUAAGAAAAGGAGCAGACCACCACUAGCCAAAAAAGACAGCAAGACUAACAUCUGGAAGAAGCGAGAAGAACGCCCACUGAUUCCCAUAAAUUAAGUGUGGUCGUCUCUGCCGUGUCGUGCUGUUUAUUCUUGCUUCUUGUAAAUUGCAGUAUGAACUUCCAAAGAAGUUGAGACUGAGCAAUCUCAUGGACCCUGGACAUGUCUCAAGCAGAGUAAAUAGUAGAAGGGUAGCUCAGUAAUGAGAGAGAAGGCUGUAAGAAAAGCUUUUUCUGGCUUAUUCUUUUCAUUAUUUUUAGGUGAUAAAUUUGAAGAAUUGAAGAGUUCAAAAUGUUAAGUAGCGCCAAGAUGUUAUAUGAAAAUGUUGUUCAGCAAUUUACCCCUCAUUCUUUUAAGAACAGUGAAGUGUAUUGCUAAAGUUGCUUCCAAAAAUGUUGCCUCUGCCUUGACAAAUACCCCUGUAAAACAUCUAGAAAUGAAACUGUUCUUCAGGCAUUAUAAUCUUGUGAAUUAAAUGUCAUUAUGUUCUCCCAAGCCCACACUUGAGUAACUUGAUGUUUUGUACUGAUGUUAUUAGAAUUCAAAGGCAACUUUUCUUUUUUUUUUGCAAUAAACAGUAUGUGUACCUGUAUAUUCCCAAAUUAAAUCCUAUACUUUUAGGGAAAUGCCAGUUGUUUCUGAACAUAACCUCUCAGAAUAAGGUAUUAAUUUGUUACUUAGAAAUCUGAGGAGUGAAUGUUCUGAUACUGAAUUUUUAUAUAUCCUCUGCAAAAGUACAAUGAAAUUGUUUUUUGAAAAAGAAUUCCAUACCUUUAGCUUCAAAAUCAUUGAUAAAUAUUGGCUAAAAUCACUUAAGACAUUUCUAUCAAAGCAUGUAGCUACUAAAAAUCUAUUUAACUUGAUUUAAAAGUAAAUGAACUGAAUCAAAAGUUUGAUGUACAUCCCCAAAACUAAAAUAUAUACUGGUAAGGAAAAUAGACAGUGCUUUUUUUUUCUCUAAAUGUCAAGAGCAGAAAAGAAAUGCCAUUUCCUUGGGACUCAAUAAUAUGCAGGUGCAAUUUCUUUUUUUCUGUUGACAUUCUUAAAAGGUAUUUGAGGGAAAUUAAAGUACAGGAAAAGUAAAGUUUUUUUCUUAAAUCACCUUCUUCCCCCACACCUCCCAAGUUAGGAAGUAAUAUAUCCACAUUCUUUUUUAAAAUCUUAAUUUGUGUCUUCAGCAUUGAUUUGUUUUUCCUAAAAAUGAAUAUUCUUUGUUAAUUAAAAUCCAUCCAAUUUUUCUUAAAAAUUUCAUGAAGGCAAAUGUCUGAAGUAGCUCCCUCUUUCCUUUAAGGGAAAAAGGAAAUAAAGCAGUUUAUUUCUUAUCCCCAUUAUUCAACAUGGGAGCAACAUAGCCACCCAAGACCUGUACACAAGUUGAAAAAACCAAAAUUAGCCACAUUAGCUUUAAUCAAAUGAUAGGAGGUGAUGAAAGACAAUAGGAGACUUCAGCCAGCUUUUCCCUGUAAACACUUCGAAACAUCUAUCCCAUCAGUUAACACUCCUACCUUUCUGUAUUAACCCAAAGAACUUAAUCUAGGGCAAAUUUUUGCUGUAUUUUACUCCAAUUCACACGAGAAAUCUUUGGGGUAAUACCUAAAUCUGCUUUUGGGGGGGUAGGCGGAGAGUAGUAAUAAGUACAAAAAUAGAGACUCCUUUUUGGACUUUACAGAAAGAUGAAUUAAAAUGGGGUGAGUUGGAAAAGGUUAAGGAGUCAGUACUCUGCUGAAGUGCCUUUGAUAUAGAAUUGCUUUUAUUAGGAGGACAUAACAUCUUUCUUAAAUAUACAUUUUCUUUCUGUCAAACAGGUGUGCAGUUUUUAUUAAAAUAUACAGACCUAGUAUUUCACUUUGGAACAAUGAAUUUUGCAUGUGUGAAUAGCAUUUAUCUUUUGUGAUUUAAUUCUCUUUAAAAUCUAGUUUAUACUGAUUCAUAGUUUAUGUUGGAAUGAAGUUAGAAACUAUAUAGUAAAAUAUUGAGCUUCAAUAGUAAGUGUCUAUUUUUCUCUCCUUUAAAUAAAAAUGUUUCAUCUCUCUGCUUGGUAAUUUGGUAAUGGAAUUCAAACAUUGUUGGUGGUUUACCACUUUGGUGUGCCACAUACUCAUUCUUGUGUAAAGGAAAUGAGAAGAUGUAUCCCCCAGGGUUUUUCUAGAAAAGUUUUGGUUUCAGAUAAAACCUUAUUUUUUUUAUAUACUGCACACUGUUCACAAUUGGAAGGCAGUUUAUCUUUUCUAAUCAAAAAAAGUGUAACUCAUUUGUGAGUAGUUCACAAAAUUCCUGUUAAGAAACCUGAAGCCAUCUACUUUUUCUUACCCCAAGCAAAAAUAAACCUACAACAUUCAAAACUUUCUUAAAUUUUUAAAAUUGAAAACCAACACAGUUUUUUGCAAAUGUAAACCUAGAGAAUUUUGGUCACAAAUAAUUAACAUUUGUGGAUCCUUUGUAUAUACUUUGGGUAUAUCUUGAAAGCAAAAUUAUCCCUCAAUUCACUGAUGGAUUAAUUUACUAAAGCACAGUUAUAUGUAUUUUUGAAUACAUAUGAUCUUGAGACUUUAUAAAAUUCAUUUUUAUGACAUUUAUGCAGUUCUAUAGGGAUUAUGCCCUUUUAUAAUGAACAGUAUACCACGAAGGGCACAAAUGUUGAGGAACAAAAGCAUUUCUUUGCUUUGACGAUCAUUUCAGAUCACUUUUGUGUUUGAAUCCUUUGGUAUCAAUACAUAUUAUAGAACUUUAGGGAUCAGUGGCUGAAAUAGUGCCCAACAAAAUUUCUAGAAAGGUGAAACUCAAAGUUACAUUUAAUUGUAAGGAAUGAGUUACUCCUUUCCCCAUUAUGAGGAUUGUGAAGACUUAGUUAAUUUCCAUCUCAGACCUAGAGUUAACAUAUUGCCCUUUGUUUCCCAGUGUUGCUAUCUUUUGUAUUCUUCCAUCAGAGGAAUCUCACAUUUUGGUGUAUUGCCAUUACCAUUACUAUAUUUACUGCUGAAAACUGUAACAAUUUGAAAAGUUUGUAAAAUGCUAAACCAAUAAAAAUAUCUCUAAAGCUGUA